AUGACAAAGGAGAGAGAUGCCAAGAGAACCAAGAAAGUCGGAAUCGUCGGAAAGUACGGUACGAGAUACGGUGCUUCCUUGAGAAAGCAAGUCAAGAAGAUGGAGAUUACCCAGCAUGCCACCUACACUUGCUCCUUCUGUGGAAAGGAUGCUGUUAGAAGAGCCUCCGUUGGUAUCUGGACCUGCAGUGGUUGCAGAAAGACUUUGGCCGGUGGUGCUUGGACCAUGAGCACUGCUGCCGGUGCCACCGUCAGAUCGACCAUCCGUCGUCUCCGUGAGUUGAACGCUUAA